UGUUACCGUAUUACAAGUGCCGUAAAACUCCUAUUACAACCAAAUGUUUCUCCCCAGCCCGAAUCGUGCGCUGACGUGCAGACUUGGAAACCCCGACCUGUGCUCACUCUCACUAACGGUAUGACUGUCGUCUGCGACACCAAGACAGACAACGGCGGCUGGAUUGUUAUACAGAGACGUACCUCGGCCGACGUGGACUUUUUUCGUGGCUGGGCAGAAUACAAGGACGGGUUUGGAGACCUCUCUGGAAACUUCUGGUUCGGUUUGGAGAAAAUCCACCAGCUGACAAAUAUGAGGCGAUAUGAACUGAGGAUCGAUUUCACGUUCCAAGGAAAAGACUACUAUGCCAACUAUAACAAUUUUGUACUGUCUGGAGAACCUGAAAACUACAAACUUCAGAUUUCCGGGUUUUCUGGUAAUGUAGAAGACAACAUGGCCAUCCACAAUGGGCAAGCUUUCUCAACAAAGGACCGAGACAACGAAUCAACUUCAACAGACUGCGCCAAUUAUAAUCACGGAGCUUGGUGGUACAAAAGCUGCCAUCGAGUGAAUCUCAACGGAAAGUGGGGCAGUACAGGGAACCAGGGCUUGUCCUGGUAUUCUGUUACGAAAUUUACCAACUCUGUCACCUCCAGCGAAAUGAAAAUUCGACCAUUUGCUUCGUGAAAAAUUGGCAACUCGU